GAGACGUGGCACAUAAACAGAGAGAGGAAGGAACCAGCUAGCUGCAGUCAACUUUACCGAUGACAGCUUGUGGAGCCGCCUUCCCUGGGAAUCUGACAAGGAAGCUUAAAUGACAGCCCCACAAUACCUGAAACGAACGGGACUUGAUUAAAGUCUAUGUGACAGCACAGGUGGCUAUGGGUCUUUGCAAGUGCCCGAAGAGAAAGGUGACCAAUUUAUUCUGCUUCGAACAUCGUGUAAAUGUGUGCGAGCACUGCCUCGUCUCCAACCACAACAAGUGUAUAGUGCAGUCAUAUCUGCAGUGGCUUCAGGACAGCGACUACAACCCCAACUGUGCUCUGUGCAAUACUCCGCUGAUUUCCCAAGACACUGUCCGACUGGUCUGCUAUGAUGUGUUCCACUGGUCCUGUCUUAAUAACUUGGCAUCUCGGCUGCCUCUCCAUACGGCUCCAGCGGGAUACCAAUGUCCCACCUGUCAGGGGCCAGUGUUUCCCCCCUCUAACCUGGCCAGCCCAAUUGCUGACGUGCUGAAAGAACAGCUGUCAUCUGUUAACUGGGCCAGAGCUGGUUUAGGGCUGCCACUGAUUGAAGAGCCUGUUGGAGUCCUUGAGGAGAGCACAGCUAAUGAUAUCACUGAUUAUACUGACUGGUCAGCAUUUGAUGCACAGGAACAAAGUAACAUUUACCCCAGCCACUCCUAUAACAGCAGCCUCAACCCACCACCAAACUCAAUCUCACCUCCAGCACAAGAAGACCUUGGAGGACCUCGUAAAAAUGGGGAUCCAAAUAUGCAGGAGCACUCUGUGAUCAACUUCACUACUGCCACCACCUGUGACACAAUUACAAUACACUCUGCAUCAUCUCCAAGAAAGCUUUAUGACACACGGGACGGUGGUCACAGCUCUGUCACACAGAUCGACUUUGAUGACGACAAGUACCGGCGACGGCCAGCGUUGAGUUGGUUUGCUCAGAUUCUAAAGAACCGCACAGGUGGAAAGCGGACAUCACUGACCUGGAAACAGAGGGUCUUCAUGCUCCUUCUGGUCGGAGUUCUCGGAUUCUUUACAUUGAUAAUCAUCAUGGCUAAACUCGGACGUGCCUCGGCUGGCUCAGACCCAAAUCUGGAUCCUCUUCUUAACCCUAACAUUCGUGUGGGGAAAAACUGAUGACAAGCAUUGAUUCCUUCUUCUCUUUCUGUGUUACACAACAUAAGCCUGUGUAGAACGAGGUGAAAUGGGACUUUCCAAUACAUGGUUAGCCCAGUAGAGAGUGCCAUUUACCCAGCUCGAAUGGGAGAGUGAUGCUGCACCUCUUUAGAAUGGAGGCAAUCCCCGGCUCCAUUCAUUAAUAUCAGGCAUUAAAAACAAGUCCUUCACAGACCAUGAAAAUAUCUCACAACAUUCAGGAGGUCUCCUGCGAUCCCAGCAAAGCAACCUGCAGACUCCAGACAUGACCAAGGCCCCAAAGCAUAUAGACAAAGGAUCCAGUAAUUGUUGAUUUGAAUAGCUGUUGACAAAGAGGGGCAGUAUUUAUAUUUACAAUUCCAGCUAACAUUUACUGAUGAUCUUUAUAUGUUAAUUUUUCAAGUGCAGUAGAAACUAAAUAAACACUGUAGAUGUUGGAAGAACAUCUUUUGCUGGUAGAAAUGUCAGAAUGUAUAUAAUCAGCAAUGAAACGUUAAGUAACGUUUACAAAGUUAUAAACUGAUUCCACUUCCUGAUUUGAAUUGAGUGGCCUUGUGGAUUUCUCCUUUUAGAGGAGAGAUGGCCUCACAACUGGAAUCAAAUUCACCCACACAGGAUUAAUAUGUAACUAUUUAUGGGUGUUUGCAUUAUUUCUGGAAUUGAGUACAUUGCUUUUAGAUUUGCCAUACACACUGUAUGUACAUUUCCCCAAUGUUUUUGACUGUCUAUUAAAUGGGAAUACUGCAGAGUUU